GGCAGCCUUAACGUUUUUCAAUAUGGAAUCCAUGUUAGCUUUGGAAAGAGAGGUACAGGAACAUCAGCAAGAUGUGGAGAAAGUCAUCGCCAGCGGAGCGUCGGACGUGGAAAGGUUCUAUGCUGGUUCCAACAUAUUUCUAACCGGAGGCUCGGGUUUCAUUGGAAAACACUUAAUUGAGAAGCUUUUUAGGUGUUGUAAUGUGAAUAAAAUUUAUUUAUUAUUACGAUCAAAAAAAGGAAAAAAUGUACAUCAACGAAUUAAUCAAAUUCUUAAAGACCCUGUAUUUGAUAGUUUACACAAACAUAAGUCAGAUUUUGUGAAAAAUAUAAUACCAAUUGUUGGAGACAUCAGUGAAAAGGAGCUAGGGAUUGGAAGUGCUGAUCAGAAUAUCAUUACCGAACAGGUAAAUAUUAUAAUCCAUGCAGCUGCAAAUGUAAAUUUUAACGAGAAUGUAAAGGCGGCAACGCUGAUGAAUGUUCGUGGAAUCAGAGAGAUAGUUCGCCUAGCUAAAUGUUGUAAACAACUAAGGUCUGUAGUUCACGUGUCGACGGCGUACAGUCACGCCACCAAGAGUCGAGUGAGACAAGCUGUGAAGGAACAGUUUUACGACAGUCCUAUACCUCCAAAUACUAUGAUAGAGAUGGCCGAAACUAUUGAACAAAACAAGUUAGAUAAUAUAAUGCAACUAUUAAAUGAAGACCAUACUAAUACGUAUACAUUCACUAAAGCAGUUGCAGAAGAAGUCGUAAGGACUGAAGCACAAGGCUUACCUAUUUGUAUUGUUCGACCAUCUGUUGUCAUAAGUUCAUACCGUGAACCUUUGCCGGGUUGGAUUGAUCCGUGGAAUAUAAACGGCCCCAGUGGCGUUAUUUUAGGAAGUUAUACAGGAAUAAUUCAUGUUUUAAAACUAACUGGUGAUAUAGUUAUAAGUUGUGUUCCAGUUGACAUAGUGACAAAUACAAUAUUAGUGGCUGCUCGGGAGAACGCAAUACAAAUCAAUCAAUCAAAUCUAGAAGAUAUUAAAAUUUAUAACGUCACAAACAACAGAAAUCCGCUAGUUUUGAGUCACUUCACCAAAAUCCUUGAUACAUCUGGAAGAAGUUUGAUAUCAUUACGGGCAAUAUGGUAUUGUUUUUGUUUAGAAACGUCUAAUUCAUUUACAAAUGUAAUACUUUUUUGGCUUUUACAUUUCAUUCCUGCAUUUUUUGCUGACAUUGCGUGCAAAAUAAUAGGAAAACGUCCAAUACUGAUAGAAACAUAUAAAAAGAUAUACAAGUUAACAUCGGCGUUGGAAUCUUUCAUGAAUAUGGAAUGGAAAUUUCAAGACGAUAACACUCUCAAUCUUUAUUUAAACCUGUCAAAUAUUGAUAGAGAUAUUUUCAACUGUGAUAUGGCAACGAUUGAUAACACAGAAAUGACACUUAUUUGGGCAUACGGCGUUCGGAAAUACAUCAUAAAGGAUCGUACUGUCAAUAAUGCUGAUCAAGUUGCAAGAAAGCAAUUUUGGUUGAAAAUAUUGACUUAUUUCAUAUUGUUUUUGUAUGUUUAUUUGUUCUAUAAAAUUAUAAUGACUAGCUAUUCGAUAAUAACUACAUUUAUAUAAAUUCUUUCUGAUUUUAAAUUGAUACUUUUUGAACAUAUAGAUAUUGAAAGCAUACAAACGCAAAUUUUAAAAAUGAUUCCAGAAUGAAAGAUUAAAAAGAUUUUAAAAAUGUUGUCUUAUUUUCAGAGAUUCUAACAAUGUAGUCGUCUUUUCUUUCCUACACUCUUUCUCUGCGUCUCUACUCCAUCUAUAAAAGUUAGGCAAUGCAUCUGUAAUUGCGGAUGUCCAUGAGUAGCGGUCGUUUCGCUAUUUCGGCCAAUUCAGGUGGUCGCAUGCUCCUUUACCACUUUAUUAUAUAAAAAAUUGACCAUUGAAUGACACAUUUAUAAAGGGCAAGAUGUAGAACAGCCUGGAAAAUAACAUAGACUAUUAGUUUUUUUUAAUACCACGCGAACGGAGUCG